CACCAUGGGCCUUGAGGCCAUGGUUUCCGGCGUCUCCACGAAGACGAAGGAACCAACCGGCGACUUGUUUGCGGUCCGUCCGUCCGUCCGUCCGUCCCCAAACCCAAACCCUCCUCUCCUCCACUUUCUUUCGUGCAUCCCACGCCCGCCUCCGCCGCCGCCAUGGCCGAUCCGCGGCUCUACCCGUCGGGAUCGGGAUCCGCCCCUCACCGCGACGAAUCCUCCACCACCACCGACGGCUCCGGCCGCCGGCUCUACGACCCGUACCAGGACCUCAACAUCCCCACCGCCUACAAGAACCUCUACGACCUCCCCACCUCCCCCGAGUUCCUCUUCCAGGAGGAGGCCCUCCUCCAGCGCCGCUCCUGGGGAGAGAACCUCACCUACUACACCGGGGUCGGCUACCUCUCCGGCGCCGUCGCGGGCGCCGCAGUCGGCCUGCGCGAGGCCGCACGCGCCGCCGAGCGCGGCGACACCGCCAAGAUCCGCGCCAACCGCCUCCUCAACUCGUGCGGCUCCGCCGGACGCCGCGUCGGCAACAGGCUCGGCGUCAUCGGCCUCCUCUACGCCGGCAUGGAGAGCGGCAUGGUCUCAGCCAGGGACGGCCACGACGACUGGAUCAACAGCCUAGUCGCGGGGCUCGGCACCGGCGCCCUCUUCAGGGCCGCCCAGGGCCCCAGGUCUGCCGCCGUCGCUGGCGCCCUCGGAGGGGUCCUCGCCAUGGCCGCCAAGCAGGCAGCCAAGAGAUACGCGCCCGCCUUCUGAUUGAUUCAUUGAUUCCCUCCUCCUGCCGGCCGGUAUUAUUAAUCUUAAUCAAUCGCUCGCUCGCUGCUCCUGUCUGUCAUCAAUCAAUCGAAUCAAUUGGCCAAGGAUCUAGUACUAGUUUCUUCGUUUAUUGCUGUCAGAGUUAAUUAUUUGAGAAGGGUCAUCUUCUCGACAUUAUUAUGAUAUGUUAAAGUGUUAUGCUAUAUAUGAAAACAACAACGAUGCCAUCGGUAUCAUCGGAUCAGCAAUUUUUUGACAUGCCUUGUUGCAAUGUAUGUAACAUCAUCUUCUUUCUC